AUGUCCACAUCUAAAGAAGAGGCUGGUGGAUCAGACAGUUCACAAGUGGUUGAUCAACCAUCUGAGAAUAAUGAACUUCAAAACUUGGGUAUUAAAUUAGUUGAACAAACUUCAUUGGAGCACAAAAUCCAGGCCAAUGCUAACAGACUGAUUACACAGAAAGAGAUAGAGUCUGAUUUGAAAAGGCUCGAGAAGUCGAAGCAACAAUUAGAUCGUGUCAAGUAUGAGCUUAGAAAACUCAAUGAUCGGUUGAACAAUCCAAGGACAAAAAUAUCACAAAAAGAUGAAAUAAGGGAUCAGAUAAAGUCAAUGACCGAGCUUCAAUUAACUCCUACUGAAAAUGAUAUCAAAGAUAUUGAAGAAAGAUUGAAAAAGAAUGAAAACGCUUCAGAAAUAAAUGAGAUCACUGAGGCAGGUGCUAGACUUCCCAAUGAAACUGAGAAAGACUUUCUUAUUAGAACUGGUAAAAUAACCGCUUUUGGUAAUUCUGCUGGAUUUAUGGUGGAGGAAGAUAAAGACCAUACGGAACCUGGUGAAGUGGUGUCCCAUCAGAAUCUCAGAAUACCUGGGUUUUCUCAAGUCAAUCAACCCAUUGAAGUUGAAGAUGAAGAUGAUGUUAAUGAAUUUGGAGUAAAGAGAAAACAUGAAACUGAUGACGAGUUUGAGGAUGAGAAUGAAGAGGAAUUCAAAAAACCGAAGCUUUUAACUGAUGAUGAUAUAAGAAAUAUUGAUGAUGGUGUUGAAAGUUUUUACCAGGAUAGAUUGAAUACCUGGGUUUAUAGAAGGUCCCAACUGAGGUCUCACAAGAACCAUGAAACCAAUCAAGAUGACAACAAUAAACCUGAGUGGCUUAAACCACAUCCAAAUUUACCCGAUGCUGUGUUGAAUGCUGAUUUUAAAGUCCCAGGUGAUAUUUAUCCUUCAUUAUUUGAUUACCAGAAAACUGGGGUACAAUGGCUUUACGAACUUUAUUCUCAAAAACACGGUGGUAUAAUCAGUGAUGAAAUGGGAUUAGGUAAAACUAUUCAAAUAAUCUCCUUUUUAGCAGGCCUUCAUUAUUCAGGUAAAUUGGAUAAACCAGUUUUGAUUGUUUGUCCAGCAACUGUCAUGACACAAUGGGUCAAUGAAUUUCAUACUUGGUGGCCUCCUUUGAGAACCAUGAUCCUACAUUCCAUUGGUACAGGUAUGAAAGGGAGUUUUAAGGAAGAAGAUUAUGAGAAAUUGUUACUCAAAGAGGCUGAUGAAGAUGGCGAUGAGCCGAGUUUGCGUUCUCUGAAAGCAAAUUCCAAUGUCAACACUAUCAUUGAUACAUUAUUAACAAAAGGUCAUGUCAUAAUUACAAGUUAUGUCGGGUUAAGAAUUUAUGAGGAACAAUUACUUAAUAUUGAUUGGGGUUAUGUUGUUCUUGAUGAAGGACAUAAAAUCAAAAAUCCAAAUUCAAAUAUAACGAUUCUAAGUAAAAGGCUCAAAACAUACAAUAGAGUUAUUUUAUCAGGAACUCCAAUUCAAAAUAAUUUGAUCGAACUCUGGUCUUUAUUUGAUUUUAUAUUUCCAGGUCGAUUAGGAACCCUCCCCAUUUUUCAAGAAGAAUUUGAAACUCCAAUUAAACUUGGUGGAUACGCCAAUGCAAACAAUUUGGAUGUUAAGGUUGGGUACCAAAAAGCAGUUAUAUUGAAAGAGUUGAUUCAACCAUUUCUUUUAAGGAGAGUCAAGAUGGAUGUUGCAAGAGAUUUACCAUCAAAGCAAGAAUAUGUUUUAAUGUGUCGAUUAACUCAGUAUCAAAAGGAAAAAUAUCAGGAAUUUUUGAAGUCAACUGAGUUCAAAGUCAAUUCAUAUCUAGGUGCGAUUGAUACAUUAAGAAAGAUAUGUAAUCAUCCAGACCUAGCAGAUGUCCAUUUUAUAGAGGGUCAAAAAGGUUAUGGUGAUCCAGCAAAAUCUGGAAAAUUGCAAGUUGUAAAGUCUUUACUCACACAAUGGAGACAACAGAAACACAAGGUUUUAUUAUUUACUCAAACUAAGCAAAUGAUGGUUAUAUUAGAAAAGUUUCUCAACAUUACUUUUGGUGAUGAUUAUAAGUAUAUGAAAAUGAGCGGUGAAACCGGGAUUGGUAAAAGACAAGAUAUGAUUUAUGAAUUCAACAAUGAAGAUUAUGAUUUAUUUUUACUCACAACUAAAGUUGGUGGAUUAGGUGUUAACUUGACUGGUGCGGAUAGAGUUAUUAUAUUUGACCCUGAUUGGAAUCCUUCAACAGAUUUACAAGCAAGAGAAAGAGCAUGGAGGUUGGGCCAAAAGAAAGAGGUACUGAUAUACAGAUUGAUUAUUGGUGGUGCAAUUGAAGAGAAAAUAUAUCAUAGACAAAUUUUCAAGCAACUUUUAACUGACAAGAUUUUAAAAGAUCCCAAUCAAAAGAGAUUUUUCAAAAAUAGUGAAUUGCAUGACUUGUUUACUUUAACCGAUUUCGAUGACAAUUCUGAAAGCGGGAAUGUAUUUAAAACUAGGAACCAAACUAAGAAGAAUAGAGAUGAUUUGGCAAAUAUUCAAGAAGUUCAAGGGGUAACUAAGUUAGAAAAAUUUAAAGAUGAUUCUCAAAAAGAGACUGAAGAUGAAAGAUUAUUGUCAGGCUUAUUUAAAAACACGGGUGCAGUGACUCAAGCUAUCAAACAUGAUGAUGUUGUGAAGACACACUCAAAACCAAAACCUGAUUUAUUUGACCGAGAAGCUAAAAAGGCUGCAAAUGAUGCAUUAGAGGCAUUAAAGAGAUCAAGAAGACAAGUCAAGAAAGCUGGUUUAGGGGUUCCUACUUUCACUGGUAAGUUUGGACUUGCUGGUAGAUCUGCUUCCCCUGCACUUGGAAAUAGAAGUCGUUCAGGUACACCUCUGAAUCCCAAACAAUCUUCGACCUCAAUUUUAUCAAAUAUUCGAAAGAAUCAAGAAGCUACCAGCUUGAAUGGGAACUCAUCAGAACUCAGCAAGAAUUCUAAAAUUAUUGAUGAGAUGAGAUCUUACCUAGUAAAACAAGAAGGGUGUUAUGCCAAGUCAGGUGAUAUACUUGAUGGUGUUUCUGUUCAGAUUAAUGACAAAAAGGAUUUAACAAUGGUUAGAUCAAUGUUGAAAGGUAUUGCGACCUGGGAUACAGAUAGAUCAGGUUGGGUAUUGAAGGAUGAAUUUAAAUAG